AUGCAUUCCAGUUUUUUCGACCAAUAUAUUAAUCCUUUAGAAUUAUAUGAAGAGUUUGUUAUGGAACAGAUGUCACAAUUCGAUUUCCCUAGUAUUAUUAGUUCUCCUGAAUCUAGUAAUAUAACGCCAACUUACCCACCGCAAAUUACUGUCGAUGAAUUAGUCACUUCUAAACCAAAUGGUGAUAAACCGUCUAAAUCCAGUAACGCAUUCAUUAUUUAUCGUAAGGCAUAUGUUAAAGAACUUCAUUCAAGAGGAAUUAGUCUUCAAAUGACUCAAAUCUCACCAAUGGUUUCAGAAUCUUGGAAACAAGAACCAGUAAACGUUAAAGCUGAAUAUAAGCGUCUAGCUGAAGCUGCGAAAAAAAAAUAUAAAGAAAUGUGGCCAUCAAAGCCACGACGUCGACAUCAAAAAAAACAACAACCACCAAUUUCACAAACUCUUUUAUUACAAACUAGUCCCUCUACUCAAUUUAAUUCACAAUCAUAUUUGAAUCUCUCAAAUACAUACUUUACAUAUUUGCCAAUACAAAAUAAUCCAGAGCCUUCUAAUCCAUCAUCUUUAAUUAAUCCAUUUUAUAUUGAAUUGGAUACAAACAAUUCCCUUUCGAGUAGAAGCAAUCAAAAUGACAUAUUUUCAUCAUCAUCAUCUUCUUCUAACAGUAAUAAUAAUCCUUUAGACAUUAAUGAAAUUAAUGAUAAUCGACCUGCAAUAUCUUUGACAGAAGAAAAUGAUAACAAUUCUGUGCUAACUUACUUAAUAAAUCAACGUUCGACCGGAUCUCAACGGGGAAGCAUGCCUGAACCGACUGAUCGAAAAGGUUCAUUGUUAGCGUAUCAUCAACUUAUGGCAACAUGGCAUAAAGAAUUAAAACGUCAUGAUUCCAAUCCUUAUCGUACUUUCAAUGAUGCAAUGAAAGUUUCUUUCUUCACCUUACAUUUAGUCUAA